AAUUGCAAAACGGAGCUUCUUGGAAAAUACCAGGCACCAGGCAAACCACAAAGAAAAGUGGUUCUCCAGCGCAAGGAGGACAGUGCUGAUUUGAAGUGCCAGCUCCAGUUUGCCAAAGAGGAGGCAGCGCUGAUGCGUAAGAAGAUGGCCAAACUGGGCAGGGAGAAGGAUGAACUGGAGCAGGAGCUCCAGAAGUACAAGUCCAUCUAUGGAGAUGUGGACAGUCCCCUGCCUACUGGGGAAGCAGGCGGCCCACCCAGCACCAGGGAGGCUGAGCUGAAGCUUCGUUUGAAGCUGGUGGAGGAGGAAGCCAACAUACUGGGCAGAAAAAUAGUGGAACUGGAGGUGGAGAACAGGGGGAUUAAAGCUGAGAUGGAGGAUAUGAGGUGCCAAUACGAAAAAGAGUGUCUCAGCAGGGACCACAUUUCAAGCAUUCCUACCUCGCCCUACGGAGACUCUGUGGAGUCAGCCACAGAGCUACGCAGGCACCUGCAGUUUGUGGAAGAGGAAGCAGAGCUGCUGAGGAGGUCAAUCUCUGAAAUUGAGGAUCACAACAAGCAGCUAACGAAUGAACUGAACAAAUUCAAGUUCGAGCCAGGCCAAGAGCCAGGCUGGUUGGAUGAUGCAGCAUCCAAGGGUGGUGGGACCUUGCAAGAGGAGCUGAAAUCGGCCAGGUCACAAAUCAAUGAGCUGAGCGGGAAAGUGAUGAAGCUCCAGUAUGAGAACAGGGUCCUGAUGUCCAAUGUCCAGCGUUACGAUCUGGCCUCUCACCUGGGCCUGCGCACUUCCAGCCCCAGGGACAGCGAUGCCGACAGCGAUGCUGGGAAAAAAGAGAGUGACAGCGAAGAUGGUCGUCCGCCACAGCCAAAGAGAGAGGGGCCCAUUGGGGGCGAGAGUGACUCUGAAGAAGUGUAUGAGAAGACGUCGGGUUUUGGGAGUGGGAAGCCAUCAGAAGUCAGCGACCUGUGCUCCACCGAGCUCAUGAGAGUGAAAGAGGACACCGAGUCAUUAAUUAACAUCAAACGUGAGGCCGAGCGACUUGAGAGGACUGUGGAGCGCCUUAUCACCGAUACGGACAGCUUGAUUUAUGAUGCAAAGGUGCACGUAACCAGCAGCCCAUCCACAGAACAGGAUUUCAGAAGUGGUGAGGAAAGGGGAGAAGAUAAGCAUGAACCAGAGCUUCUGGACACUGUCAACUCCAGGAUGAAAGCUUUCCGGAAGGAGCUUCAGACCUUCCUGGAAAAGGUUGAUCACAUUGGAGAGGGCCUUAAGGAGCAGAUGGAGGACCUCUCCCCUCUUCCCCAUCUCACAGAGUCUUCCAGUUUCCUAUCCACAAUGACCUCCAUGUCCCGAGACUCUCCCAUUGGUAACCUGGGGAAGGAAUUAAUCACUGACUUCCAGUCCAAACUGAGGGAUCAGAUGGAGUGGCAGCUCAAACAAGAUCGUGGAGAGGAGCAAGAGAUUCGCCACCAGCGAGCCACCACCGACCCACACCGCAGAGCUGAUGGAGACAUUAAACUCUACAGGCCAGGAGACAAGGGCUGUUUCAGUCUAGAGAAUGUAUCGAUACAGGAGCUUCAGGCUCAGCUUGAGCAGGAGACAAGACUUCACCGAGAGGAGCAAGAAAAGUUUUCAGAAAGGAUCAUCCAGCUGGAGGAGGAGCAUCUGCAGACCCUGCGGAGAAAAGACUUGGAAGUGCAGAGCUUGACUUUGCAGAACAAACUGGAGGAGAAGACCUGGAGUCAGGAGAAAAAUCUGCUGCAGCAGGAACUCAGGCAUUUCAAGCAGGACACCUUUCUCCUGUAUGUCAAACUGAAGUGGCUGCUGAAACACUGGCGGCAAGGCAAGCGAAUGGAGGAGGAAGGGGAGGACACAUUAGAGAUCGAGCGCCCUGAGCCCCUCCUAGACUUCAGCAUUCAGCCUGAGCAGAAGGCAAAUGAUGCAGAACGAGAGGAGGAGGAGGAGGAUGUUGUGUUUGCACUGGCAGAUUUCUCCCAGCAUCCCAUCACGGAGAGCACUGAUCAUGGACCACAGCUGCAGACUGCCGAGUUACUGCAGCAGCAGAAGCAGGCGAGUGAAAACCGGAAGCUGCUGAACGCUCUGAAGGGUUUGCUGGAUGAGUUCCGCUCGGAGCUGCGGGACGAGGAGCGGGAGCGCCAGGGGCUCCAGCAGCAGUACGCCCUGCACAAGGCAGCCUGGGAGGUGGAAACCACCGAGCUCAAGUGCCGCCUCCAACAGCUGGAAGGGAAGAGCGAGAACACCUCCGGAGAGACAGGUUCAGAUGCAAAGGGAGCUUUUAAAAGGGAAAGAGAGGAGCACAAGAAGCUGCUGGCUGACAGUCACAGUGUGGUGAUGGACCUCCGCUGGCAAAUCCAGCACAGUGAGAAGAACUGGAACCGGGAAAAGGUGGAGCUCCUGGACAGGCUCGACAGAGACCGGCGGGAAUGGGACCGCCAGAAGAAGGAGCUGCUCAGGCGGAUAGAGCAGCUGCAGAAGGAAGCGAGCCCCCGGAGGGGAGCUGGUUUGGCGUGUGACACGAGCGAGAGCAGCCGGCGGCCGUUUGCGCCGCAGGGGAACCUCCGCGUGCCCCGUUCCAUGGGCUCCCGCUCCUACUCCGACUCCGACACCAUCCAGUUCGACGAGCGCUCGCUGUCCAAGCUGAAGGAGAGCGACCGGUGCAGCGGCACGGAAAAUCUCUUCCUGGAGUCACUGUCCCUCGACUCACCCGACGAGCCUGAGGAGCAUCGCUCUCGGCAGCUGGAGAGGGAGAAAUUCCUGACUGGACUAACAGAAGAGGAAGAAACACACAAAGGAAAUCUUCAAAGGGCAAUGUCCGUUUCUUCCAUGUCCGAAUUUCAGCGCCUGAUGGACAUUUCUCCAUUUCUACCAGAAAAAAAUUUGCCUUCAUCUGGCAGCAAAGAUGAUAUAACACCUCCCUUGUCUCCUGAUGAUCUGAAAUACAUUGAGGAGUUCAACAAAAACUGGGAUUACAAUGACACUAGGAGCCAUGGUGGGGCAACUGAGAAGCCUGCAGAGGGUUGGGCAGAAAGGACAGAAAUUGGAAAAGCUGGGAAGGAUCCUGCCUCAGAUCCAUUCCAGGCAUCCUCAUGGUACCUCACCACCAGUGUCACUAUGACCACCAACACCAUGACCAGCCCAGAGCACUGCCAGAAGCAGCCAGCGAGGAGUCACAGUGUUACUGACAAAAUGGGAGUGCGGGUAUUCCACAGCCCGCCAGUUGUCCGUAGGUUCGAUAACUCAGUGAUAGCUGGCAGUGAAGGGAAAAACCAGGCUGAGCCAGACUUCCUCUUUUCUGUGACCAAAGCUAUGGGGAACGUCACUGAGACAAAAGGUGCUUCCUCGGACAUGUUUGGAAGGUGGUCUUGUGACCUGGCCAAACACCAUAAAGAUUUUCUGGAGAACGGUCUUCAUCCCAUUGAACGUCCUAUUUGCACUACUGUGGGCUUUGCCUCACCCUUGCACAGCUUGGAGAUGUCCAAGAACAUGAGUGAUGACAUGAAGGAGGUCGCUUUCUCUGUCCGGAACGCGAUACGCUCCAACUCCACGGAGCCGCAGUUCAAGGACACGGCGUGCCAAACCAACGGCAUGAGGACCACAGGGACACAGACCACCCAGACCAUCAGCGUCGGCCUGCAGACGGAAACCCUGCGCAGUAUCACCAGCAGUCCACACAAGUGUCUGACACCAAAGGGGGGGUCCACGCCUGUCUCCUCACCAUCCAGGAGCCUGAGGAGCAGGCAGGUGACCCCCGUCAUUGAGAAGGUCCAGGCUAAGUUUGAACGCACAUGCUGCUCCCCCAAAUACGGCUCUCCGAAGCUGCAAAGGAAAGCCCUUCCCAAAUCCGAGCAGCCAAAUAACCGGACUUUGCCUGGCACACCUCAGAAAGGAUUCAGUGAGUCAGCUUGGGCUCGAUCGACCACCACGCGGGAGAGUCCUGUGCACACCACUAUCAACGAUGGCCUGUCCAGUUUGUUCAACAUCAUCGACCAUAGCCCCAUCUUUCAUGAGACCUUCCAAAAAUGCCCCAGAUCUGGCAGCCGGUCCAGGUCAGCCGAACCCAGGCCAGAACUGGGCACGUUGCAGGAGCCAUGUACAAAUGCCCGUGGCAGAUCACCCAGUCCUCUCCGUCUGGGGACAGAGACACAAAAGGAAGAAGGAUCUGAGGUGACCAGUAUUAGGCAGGACUUAUCUGCUCCUCCAGGGUACACACUUGCAGAAAAUGCUGCCAGGAUCUUGAAUAAGAAACUUUUGGAGCAUGCCUUAAAGGAAGAGAGAAGGCUACGUUCACACAGCCCACCAAAUCUUAGCAAUGACAACAGCACAGGAGAAAUUGUCAAAGUAGAUCCAGGGUCCAUAGAGGAACUGCCUUGUUCUGCACUAGCCCCGUCCCUCCAACCCUGCUUCUCCCGGCCAGAGAGACCAGCGAAGCGGCGCCCACCGUCACGAUGGGCCUCACAUUCCCCCACUGCCUCACAGUCGCAGUCCACCGGAGACCUGGCGUCCUCAGAGGAGCGCGGAAGCGAGGAGCUGCUGGCAGAGACCCCCGGCCAGGGAGGCGAGCCGGCCUGACCGCGCUCGGGAGCAGGUGGGACACCCCUGGCCUCCGCCAGGCCGCCCGCCAGCCGCCCCUGCCACGACAGGAGGGAGGUCCGCUUGGAGAGAGAGCUCAAAGAAUGUUCUCAGACACAGCUGCUGAAUGUGCAACCUGGGGAAAACAGAGGUGUUUCUAGAAUGAAACAGUUAAUGUGCCUGUAAUAACUUAAUUUUUUUCAUAGCUGAGAAAACUAUUUUUGUCUCCAUCUUUUCUACAUACAGUAUAUUAACAAAAACAGCAAAAAAAAAAGGGUUAAAAUGAUAUAAAGUAAGAUUUAAAAUAAAAUGUAAAUUAAGUUUUAAGGGAAUUUGAAUACAUGCUCGCGCUCUCUCCAAAUACUGACUGCCUUUUGGUUAUAUUUGCACUGUUACGUUUUCAGUUUUGGUUUUGGGUAUUUUGGGUUGGUUUUUUUUUAAUUUCAUGUAAAACUAGGGUCUUAAGUUAAUUUUAUUCUAUUUUAAUGUCAGUGUUAUCGGUUUUUAAAGGUAAGGUUCUUAAAGAUGCUUCAACUGUCUGAAGCGAUACCUUUUAAGUAGUGAAGAAAGCCAUUAAGCUCGUUCACUAGACUUGUAAUUAAUUGAGAUGGAGGGGAAUACAGGUAAACACAAGUAAAUGUGUGAAAAAAAGAGAAAAGAAUGCCUCAGAAAGUCUUACAGAGUUAGCUGUAAAAUACACCUACAAUACUUGACUUGCAUGCCUCUGGGUCCUCGCACUUUAGUGCAUGUACAUACUGCUACUGUACCAUCACAUAAAUGUGAGUCAAUCUGUUCCACUGUAAUAUUGUUGUGAAUUUACCUGUACUGUACUUUUAUCGUUGGUAUUCUUGCAUUGACUAUACAAAAAAAGAGUUUUUAAAUUAUUGUUAGCAGUUCAACUGGCUAUGUACAGCGUUUACUGAGAACUUCCUUCGUUUUGGAAAAACCAUGGAAAUCUCUGGGCAUACUAAAUUGUAACUGGUCUUGUUUAAGAGUCUGUUUGAGACCAUGUGGAGUGGAAUAAAACCCUCAAUAUUUACAAGCUG